AUGCGGCUCUUGAUUCGCCUGUCGAGGUGCUCGCACGGAGUUCACGUGUCCAAACUGAAGCCGGGGACGCUGUGGUUGGAGCACCGCCUUUCCCUCUCGGCGGCCCCGCGGAGGAAGAGGCAGGCGACCGGGGUCGAGCCGUCGGGCUUCCUCCUGUCGUCGUCGUCGUCCUCCUCCUCCGGCGGGCCUUUCGUGUCCCUGUCGCUCCGCGGUCCACUCGCGGGUCUCUCCGUGCUCCGUUCGCGCACACCUGUUGCCUUCGCCGCCUCCUCCUCCUCCGCCGCCUCCUCCACGCCUUCGCCGGUGAAGAGCGAGGCGGACGCGGGGAGCCGCCGCGCGCCGUCCGCGGUGCCGCUGGACGACGCGAGGAGGAUUCUGCGGCUCGCUCACCCGGCGAGAUGGAGACUGUCAGCUGCUCUGGGAUUCCUGACUGUCUCCAGUGCGGUAACCAUGUCGGCUCCCUUCUUCCUGGGCAAAGUGAUCGACACUAUUUACACCACUGGAACAGACACAGAGACAAUGACAGCCUCCCUCACAUCAUUAUGUAUCAUGCUGACGGGAGUGUUCCUGUGUGGUGGGGCGGCCAACGCUGCCCGAGUCUACCUCAUGCAGACCGCAGGCCAAGAGAUUGUUCGUGAUCUCCGAACCGGCGUCUUCUCCUCCAUCCUCAGACAGGAAGUGGCAUUUUUUGACAGGAAUCGGACCGGCGAGCUCAUCAACCGCCUCUCCGCUGACACAGCCGUGGUGGGCCGUUCCAUCACCGACAACCUUUCCGAUGGACUGAGGGCCGUCGCCCAGGCAGCUGCCGGUGUCAGUAUGAUGUUCUACGUCUCUCCCAGUCUGGCGAGCUUUGUGUUGCUGAUCGUUCCUCCUGUGGCCGGUCUGGCCGUAGUCUACGGCAGAUACCUUCGCUCCAUCUCCAAACGCACACAGGACGCACUCGCUCAAGCCACACAGUUGGCCGAGGAGCGUAUCAGCAACCUGCGGACGGUCAGGGCUUUUGGUAAAGAGCUGUCGGAAGUCAAGACGUACGCGCAAAAGGCCGACCAGGUCCUCAGUCUGGCCAAGAAGGAGGCCGUAAUACGAGCCGGCUUCUUUGGGGUGACGGGUCUCAGUGGUAACAUCAUGAUCCUGUCGGUGCUGUACAAAGGAGGCCUCCUGAUGGCCUGCCAGCACAUGACGGUGGGAGAGCUCUCGUCGUUCCUCAUGUACACCUUCUGGGUGGGCAUCAGCAUUGCAGGCCUGAGUACUUUCUACUCUGAGCUGAUGAAGGGGUUCGGAGCAGGAUCCAGGCUGUGGGAGCUGCUGGACAGAAAGCCUGAGUUUCCUUUAAAUGAAGGCCUGGUGCUUCCCUCAGACCAGCUGAAGGGUCGGUUGGAGUUCUCUGAUGUCUCCUUCGCCUAUCCCACGCGUAACGAGGCUCCGAUUUUCCAGAACCUCAGCCUGCUGGUCCCAGCCGGCAGCAUCAUGGCCGUGGUGGGGCCGAGUGGCUCCGGAAAGUCAACCCUGGUCUCGAUGCUGCUCAGGCUGUACGACCCUCAGUCCGGUAUCAUCACCAUAGAUGGUCAUGACAUCAGAGAUCUCAAUCCCUAUUGGCUCCGGAGUCACAUAGGAACUGUCAGCCAGGAGCCGGUGCUGUUUUCCUGCUCCAUAAGAGAUAACAUUGCAUAUGGCGCAGUGGACCCAGACGCUGUGACCACGGAGGACAUCUACAGAGCCGCCAGAGUGGCCAACGCCUUUAAUUUCAUCCAGACCUUUCCUCAGGGCUUCGGCACGGUAGUGGGCGAGAAAGGAGUGCUGUUGUCAGGUGGUCAGAAGCAGAGGAUUGCAAUAGCCAGAGCUCUGCUCAAGAAUCCUAAGAUCCUGCUGUUAGACGAGGCUACCAGUGCACUGGAUGCUGAGAAUGAGUUCCUGGUCCAGGAGGCCUUGGAGCGUCUCAUGGAAGGGAGGACGGUGGUGAUCAUCGCGCACCGCCUGUCCACCAUCCAGAAUGCGAACGCCGUGGCCGUUCUGGACCAGCGGCGCAUCGCUGAGUGUGGGCAGCACACUGAGUUGCUAGGCAACAGCGAAGGGCUGUUCCGAAAACUGAUGGAGCGACAGGCGUUUCUACAAGCUGAGCAGAAACGAGCGCUUCGCUGACGGGACGGUGGGAGGAAAGACGAGCGGAAGAGGAGCACAUUGUGACGGGAGGUCAGUGCCUGGGAGGAAGUGACUUUGUUUCCAGAAUUUUGGGAGCAAAGGGGGAGAAGAAGAAGAAUCAAAAUGAAAAGGGCAGAAGGGAAGCGGAGCCCCCUACAGGACUACGGAGAGAAGGAGGAGAAGGUAAAACCACUGAGAAAAACAUUAAAGGGGUUUUCUUAAGUGCUGGAGGAGUUUUCUCACCGCUAAAAUGACUGUUUAGCACAAGACGAAGGGCAUGAAACGGAGGGUUUAAUCCACGGCAGAGAGCAGAGAACUGAAACACGAGUUUCAUAGAGAUGCUUUAUUUUUUAAAUAUCUAUUUCAACACUGAAUAUCAAGUUCUGAGUGAAAAGGAGAAAUAACGAAGACACACAAGAAGCUCAUUACCUACGUGUCAUUUUUUUUAAACCACUGUCACUACCAACUAAUUUUGGGGAAACCCCCAAGUCCGGUUUUAAGUAGCAAAUGAAUGAAAUAAAUGUGAUGGUAUGAAUUUGGUGCAGAAUAUUUCCUGUUAAUCUUUCAUCAUUUUCAGAACCAGACUAAAAACAGUGUCGUGUACACAAACCUGGUAAAUGUGUGUAUGUGUCCACGUCAUAUUGAUUUUUAAAACUUGAAGCGUACAUGCAGAGCCUUUCUAAUGUCUGUUUUAUUUGUUUGUCUUUAACAAGCAUAGCAAAGUGUCUAUUUGUGUCAUUGCAAAACGGGACCGAACACUAUCGGGACAUAAAUUAAUGAAUGCACAUUUGCAUGAAAAAUGUAGCUGAUCCUGUAAGUCAGCUUCUCUUCACAAGAAUUUGAUCUCUGCUAAACGACGGGAUAGGUUUUCUAAUAUGUUUAGAUUUAUUUCGUUCUAAUCUGUAAAGGCAACAUUACAACCUCCUGACUGCCGACCACUGUGUCCGUCAGUGUGUUUCUUUCAUGCUCUGUUAACAGGACGUGCACUUCUCUAGCAAUAAAGUCCCUGUAAACGGCUGUAAAACCACGUGCACGGUAGCAACAACACUGCUGACCCGGCUAAAUAUUAUAGCUGGCUUAGAGGGCCUGACUCGGAAGGAAAUGUUUGCAUGUGAAAAGCCCCCUUUUUUUUGUUCGGGGUGCAGAGUGCCACUCCAGAAAUGCAAAUAUGUUUACCUUGAAUCCCCCUCCUGCUCUAAAAGGACUGUAGAUCUGAUGUUUUUUAAAACUGUGAGAAACAAGCAGACUCCAAGAAACAUCACUGAUUCACGGCAAAGGUUACAAGGAAUCCCAUAUCAUCAAAGUCUCUAUUUAAAACUAUUUUUGCUAUAUUAUUACUGUCUGUUUCUAAAACAGAGCUCAGAUAGCAUGUUGGAGCAGCUUUUGGUAACACUCUUAUUAUUUCUUUGAUUCUAUUAUUCCAAAAUGGUAUAUUAAUAAAUUAUUAAUACAAUGUUGUACUGGAGCCCUGCGACUGACGAUGAACCCCGAUGUCAGCUGGGAUUGAAGGUGUAGAAGAUGAAUGACUGUUCUACUUGAAGACUAGUUUUUCUUUGCCCAUUCGACAAAUAUGACAUGACUGCAUACUUGUGUGCAUUUCUCUGAAGGCUUAUGCUAGAUUUUUUUUUUUUUAUUUGUAUGUUUUCGAUUGGGGUGGUAACUGAAAUUAUUCUGAACUAUGAUAUUUAAACAAGAAAUGAAUGAAUACAACAUUGAUCAUUGGUAGUUGACCGACAGCGCCUAAAUGUUGUUUGUGUACGACACAAUCACUCACUGGAUGUGUAAACGUAGAGGUGUGGCUGCAACAGGAAGCUCUGUUCUCUCAGUUAACUGAGGUCACUGUGGAAAGUCCUCAUGUUCUCUCUUGGUUCUCACUUAACUCACAACAGAUUAGCAUUUUCUUACAUGUUCAUCAUUAUUUGAAGGUAAACAUCUCAUGUCCAGAGUUGUGUUGUAGUUCCUGUGUGAAAGAACAAACCCUACAUAUUCAAAUUAAAUAGAGAAAUAAUAUACUCUGUAGAGCAAACACUGAACGUUUAAUGACAGAUCCGGGUCAUAAAUUAUAUGUUCCAAAUGAUCUAUUAUAUAUUUUGUAUUGUUUUUGUGUUUGCUAAAUUAUUACACUUUGUAAUAUGUAAAGGUAAAUAAAGUGAGAUGUCCACGAUAUCUAUUUAUGGGAUACAUUUGUAUGUGUUUGUAUUGUUUGUUGAUCAGUUCAUUAAGUGUAAUCAAAUGACUAAUUUUGUCAUUAGUUUUCAUUUUUAUUUGUAAAGUUUCAAGGGGGUGUUGAGAUAUUUUAUUUUAUAGAUCUUAAAAAGAAGCCCUGUCAAAUACAGAACAGCUAAAAGAGAUUGGGAGAAGAGAAACACUUAAGUCCCAUCAUUUGCUCAAUGUAAGUUGUAUUUUCCUGCACCAGUUUACAUUUUACACGUUCAACUCAACCUUUUCACUCAACAUUCACUGUCACAGUGUAUUUUUGUCUCCUAGGUGGACCGCAUGUUUCCAUGCGGUGUGUAAUGCUGUCAGUAGGUGGCGCUGUUGCUUGAUACUUUUUAAGCUUAAAGGCUUACUGUCCACUGCUCACUGCAUGUUAGUGGGAUCAUUGUUCAUUCAAUCCAUCAUACCAAAAUAAAACUUCCUGGUAAUGA